AAAAAUUCAUUGGGACAACUGGUGUUUGAUAAAGUGACAAAACACCUUGAUGUAAUAGAGACAGACUACUUCGGGCUCACUUACAGGGAUAAAUCUGGCAAAAAGUUCUGGUUGGAUAAUACAAAAAAGAUCUCAAAACAAGUAAAAGGAGGAACAUGGGUUUUCGAGUUUCAAGUGAAGUUUUAUCCUCCGGACCCGAUGGCACUGAAAGAAGAUGUUACGAGAUACCAGCUUAGUUUACAAGUUAGAGUAGAUCUCUUCAAUGGCAGGCUUCCAUGCUCAUUUGCGACAUAUGCUCUCCUUGGAUCGUACACGGUACAAGCAGAAUUGGGCGACUGGGAACAGAAAGAGUACGGAGAUGGGGUUCAAUAUCUACACGACUUUGAUUUUGCACCUGGGCAAAAUCAAGAACUUUUAGAGAAGAUUACGGAACUUCACAAAUAUCACAGAGGCCAGACACCUACAGUAGCAGAAGCCCAUUUCUUGGAGAAUGCUAAAAAAUUGGCGAUGUAUGGUGUGGAUAUGCAUGAAGUCAAGGAUUCAGAAAACAAGAAGUUGGCUCUAGGAAUCUGCGCUACUGGAAUUCUUGUGUACGAUAACAGAUUGAGAAUCAGUCGAUUUGUGUGGCCUAAAAUAUUGAAACUCUCCUAUAAAAGAGACACCUUUUAUAUCAAAAUCCGUCCUGGAGAGUUUGAGCCUCAUGAGAGAACUAUCAGCUUUCGAUGUGACAGUCACAAACUGGCCAAAAGGUUGUGGAAGACGUGUGUGGAACACCAUGCUUUCUUCAGAUUGAAGACGGCUGAUGCACCUAGUAAUGACACACUUUUCCCUCGGUUCAACACUCGUUUCCGAUAUUCUGGUAGAACUGCAGUACAGGCACGGAAGGCAGCUGAAAUGACGGAUCGUGAGGAGCCACACAUUGCACGCACUGCUGAACGAAGGUCAAUGCACGAUAAACAUAAGGGACAUGAUGAUAGUGAAAUGAAAAUGAAGCCAUAUGAUGUAAACGACUUACACGACAGCAAAUUUGGUGAUCCGAAUGCCACAUUAGAAAGAGAUCAAAACGCUGAUGAUCCAAUGUAUAGCCAGGUACAGAAACGACCAAAUGGUGAGGAUGCUUCGGACAGAUUAGAUCAUCACCCCGGUGAUGAGCCUGGAACGGAGGGACCACCAGGUUACAGUGCUGAUACCUCGGCUUUGUCCGAUGGAGGAAAGAAAAGUAAGAAGGACAAAGAGGAGGAGAAAAAGAGAAAGAAAGAAGAAGAAAGAAGGAGAAAAGAAGAAGAAAAGGAGAGGAAACGUUUAGAAAAAUUAGAAAAAGAUAAAAAGAAGGGCAAAGCUCAAGAAACCUCCAUAGAUGAUGUGCUACCAGAUCCUGCCGUUUUAGAACAAAAAGAGAAGGAGAAGGCUGAGAAAAGUGGCGGCGGCCUUUUUGGCCUUCUCCGACGCUCUCAGCGCGGCAGCAAAUCAGACAAAGAUAAGGCCGGCAAAUCUAAACACGACGCGGAGAAACAGGCGAAGGAACAGGAGGUAGAGGAAGAGAAACCAGUUGAUAACAUCUUGGAGGUACCUCGUAUAGAAGUCGAGGAAGUAAAUACUGAAGAUCUAGACCCCGAAACUCAGGAAUAUGAAACAGAUAUUAUACAGCCUAAAACUGUAGUAGAUUUAAAGAGCCAGCCUGAUCCAGGGGCAGAUCACUCUACUGUCACAGUAGUAACAAAGGGAGAUGAUGCAGUUGCAGAAUUGGCCACAGAUGAACAGUUAAAAGAAGACUUCAUGCAGUUACUACGGGAAACCCCAGACAUUACUAGUACAUCAAGGUUAGAGGACGUAGAACACAAAAUAAAUCACGAUCCACGCUACAAAGCUGUCGAUAAAGAUGCAAGACAAGCCUGGUUUAAAGAAUACGUUGAUGACAUGGUAGGUUAA